AAUAAUGAAAAACUAAGGUGGCUACCGCCAUGUUUCUGAAUGGAAUAUCUCAGGAGCAUUUAUUGCAUUUUUAAGAAUUUAUCGUCAUUACAGGAUUCCGUACCUGUUGCUACCGGUUUGUUAAGUUAACCGGAAUUUGGAGUGUUUAUGUUUUGUCCGCGGAAGUGUUAUUUGUCGCAGACUAUUCCUUCAACAUAACUAUAGAACUGCGCAAUGCACCAUGGAGGAGGACCACCAAAUUCCCAGCGGCAACUACAGCGAUCUAAGUCCACAACAAAUUCAGAGGCUGAGGAGCAGCAGCAGCAGGCCCUGGCGGUUACUCAGCAACAGCAAGUCGCCACCAACCACCCUCAGUCACUAGUGACUUCAUUCACCUCUGCCACCACCGCAGCGAGUCCCUCGGCCCCACAAUCCCCCAAUUACCAGAUCAUCAUGAGCCGCAGUCCGGUGACGGGCCAGAACAUGAACAUCACCCUGCAGAACGUGGGCCAGAUGAUGACCGCCGCAGGCAACCAGCAGAUCACCCUCACAUCCCUACCCCUUCAGAACCCAGCGUCGCCAGGCUUCCAGCACCAGACCUCGCAGUGGACCUCUUCUUACAUCCAGGUGACCUCACCGCUCCCCCAGACCCUGCAGCCCCAGAGCCCCACUCAGCACAGCCCUGUUCCCCUGCAAGCAGUUCCCCGGCCUGGAGCUCCAACCCCCACUGCAGCCACGCUGGGACAGGGCCCCUCGUUGGAGUUGGUGGAGGGUGGUUUGCUGGUCCGUGGGAUCAGCCUCGGGAGCCCUAAUGGAAGUGGGCACUUCUGUUAUCCGGAGGGCACAGGGCUGACCAGCCAGGUCCAGCUGACGAUGUCUGGUGCACCUGGAGGAGCGCGUGAGAGGAGGCUCUCACAGCCACACUCUCAGACUGGAGGCACCAUCCACCACCUGGGGCCUCAGAGCCCCGUAACAACAGGCUCUGCUCUCCAGACUCUGGGCAGCCCGGGGCACAUCACCACCUCCAACCUGCCCCCCCAGAUCAGCAGCAUCAUCCAGGGCCAGCUGGCACGCCCCAUGAUUUUCGAGAAGCCUGCCCACGGCAUGGCGGCCGGUGUUGGGGCAGCCACGGCAACCUCGUUCGGAGUGCCCACCCCGAUUCCCCCUUCCAGCCCGUCACUCACCAACCCUCUGCAGGGCCUUUCAAGCAUGCCCCUCACGUCCACCGGAGCCUCUGUGAAGAAGAUGGCUUCCAAGAAGCUGGAGGAGAUUGUGCCGGCCACCCCCGAGGUGGCCCAGCUAAGGAAGCAGUGCUUGGAGCACCACAGCAAGAAGAUGGAGGGCAUGAAGGAGGUCUUCAAGGAGUACCUGAUCGAGCUGUUUUUCCUCCAGCACCUGCAAGGCAACAUGAUGGACUACAUGGCCUUCAAGAAGAAGCCGUGCGUCCCCCUCUACACCUACCUGCGGCAGAACGACCUCGACCUGGAGGAUGAGGAGGACGAGGAGGAGCAGUCUGAGGUUAUCAAUGAUGAGGUGAAGGUCGUGACCGGAAAGGACGGACAGACAGGGACUCCAGUUGCCAUAGCGAAGCAGCUCCCACCCAACGUAUCGGCCGCCUUCUCUGCUCAACAGCAGCCGUUCCAGGUGCACCAGGGGGGUGCUGGGGGCGGCCUCUCCAACCCCAUGGAUAUCGAGAUGUUAAAAAGGCAGCAGGCCAUGGCCCAAGCAGAUCAGGCUAAGAGAUCCCGGAUUGAAGUCGGUCGCCACGGGUUGAUUUUCCAGCACCCUGCUGUAGCUCCUUUAGGAUCACCUGGCGUGCCACUCCAACAGCUUAUGCCAACAGCGCAAGGCGGCAUGCCCCCUAAUCCUCAGACGGUGCAGAUCGCCGGCCAGAAGCCCAUCCAGCAGCAGUAUGACCCGUCCAAGGGCCCUCCCGUGCAGAACGCGGCCAGCCUGCACACCCCGCCACCCCAGCUGCCCAGCCGCCUCCCCCAGUUGGGGCUUUCCAUGGCGGGAUUGCCCCUGGCCCUGUCUCAGCAGCAGCAACAACAGCAGCAGCAGAUGGUGCUGGAGGCCCAGGUCCAGCCCACCGGCGCCGCCCUGCAGGGCCAGGUGAAGUUGCAGGGGCUGCAGGCAGCGGGGGCAGCGGCAGCGGGGGCCGUGCUGGCAGCGGUGAACCCACACGCGCAGCUCCAGGCGCAGCUGCAGCAGCAGAUGCAGCAGGGCCUGCACAUCCAGAUCCAGCAGCAGAUCCAGCAGCCUCAGAGCAUGCUGCAGCCUGGGCAGGCGACGGUGGCUCUGGUGCGCCCAGUGGCCGACCCCUCACUGGCUGGGGGCCAGCGUCUGAUAACCAACUCCCUGCAGGCCGCCUCUCUCUCUCCUGCCCCCCUCUCCACGCCAGGCUCCCUGCCCACCCUGCUCACCUCCAGCGGGGUGCGGCCCGCCAACGCCCUCUCCAACCCCAGCCAGUCCAAGCUUGCCACAGCCAACGGAACCUCUUCGCUCAAGCUUCCCAGUGGGUCCCAGGGUUCUGCUGGCCAGUCAUCACAGGAGAACUCCCAGGACAAGCAGGCCGAACAGGCCAAACUGGAGAACCAGGUGCACCAGCGCAUCGCAGAGCUGCGUAAAGAGGGCCAAUGGUCGGCCAGCCGGCUGCCCAAGCUGCAGGAGUCGAUUCGGCCCAAGUCUCACUGGGACUACCUGCUGGAGGAGAUGCAGUGGAUGGCUGCAGACUUUGCCCAGGAGAGGAGAUGGAAGAUGGCCGCCGCCAAGAAGCUGGUGCGCACAUGUGCCCGUUACCAUGACGAGCAGCGGAAGACAGAGGAGCGGGUGAAGAGGGAGGAGGAGCUCCGGCUGCGGCACAUUGCCGGCACCAUCGCCCGCGAGGUUGAGUUCUUCUGGUCCAACAUUGAGCAGGUGGUGGAGAUCAAACUGCGCUUUGAGAUCUAUGAGAAACAGCUGAGAGCCCUACGGCUGCAGAAAACAAGUAUCAAAGGGAAGAGCAUGAAAGCAACGCCUUCAGCAAAAGAGGAGAGCGGGAAAGAAGCCUCAGCUGAGCAGCGAUCUUCCUCACGCCGGAAGAGAAAGAACAGCUCCUCCCUGACUGAUGAAGAAGUGGAGGAUGAAGAGGGCACCAUAGAGGAGCAGGAGGCCAUGGAGGUGGAAGCAGAACAGAAGGCAGAAGUAGAGGAGCUCAAUAAAGAGGCUGAGGUGCCUCUGGAUGCGCUGGUGAAGCAGUACGCUGGCGCCUACGCUGAAGACUUUGAAUGGCCGCAGCCUCCCUCCCAGAGUGAGGACGAGAAGGAUGACGUUGAAGAGAUGGAGGCGCCGCUGGGUAGCCCCCACGAGGCGGUGCUGAUCGACUCGCUGCUGAGUAUGGAGCAGAGCCGGGGGGCCGACAGCACCUCAUCGGCCGACGGCAGCAAGCCCCCCAAGGACAUCGCCGAGGUGGCCUCUGCCACGGAGCUCAUCCUGCCCAAGGGCCAGGCCAAAACAAGCUGCACUGCGCGUUUCCAGCCUGCGUCCCUGUUGCACGGCUCUCUCAGAGACUACCAGCAGGUUGGGGUGGACUGGCUGGCCAGCCUGCACAGGAAGCACCUGAACGGGAUCCUGGCCGACGAAGCUGGCCUGGGCAAGACCGUGCAGACCGUGGCCUACAUGGCCCACCUGGCCUGCAAUGAGGGUGUCUGGGGUCCUCACCUGGUGGUGGUGCGCAGCAGUAAGCUGCUGAGCUGGGAGAUGGAGUUUAAGCGCUGGUGCCCUGGCCUGAAGAUCCUGCUGUACCUGGGCAGCCCACGCGAGCGCAGAUACACCAGAAGGUGGUGGUCCGAGGCGAAUAGCUUCCACGUGUGCGUCACGUCUUACAAGCUGCUGAUGAAGGACCAGAGUCACUUCCUGCGUCGCCGCUGGAGCCACCUGGUGUUGGACGAGGUGCAGUUGCUCAAGAGCAUGAAUGAGAAGCAGUGGGAGACCAUCUUCACCAUCAAGAGCCAGCAGAGGAUCCUGCUGAUUAACAACCCUCUGCAGAACACGUUGAGGGAGCUGUGGACCAUGAUCCACUUCCUGCUGCCUGGCAUCACCAGACCCUACACAGACUUCCCCGUCAAGGCCGGCACCGACCAGAACCAGGACUACUGUCACAAACUCGUCAUCAGACUCCACAGGAUGAUCCAGCCGUUUAUUCUGCGUCGCUCCAAGCGAGAGGUGGAGAAGCAGCUGCCCAAGAAGUACGAGCACAUCCUCAAGUGCCGCUUAUCCGUGCGACAGAAAAGCUUAUACGACGAUGUCCUCACUCAGCCCAGUGCUCAGGAGGCCCUGAAGACGGGCCACUUUGUGAGCGUGCUGCAGGUGCUGAUGCAGCUGCAGCGGAUCUGCAACCAUCCGGACCUGCUGCAGCCGCGAGACACGCACAGCUCCUACGCGUGCCAGCCGCUGGUCUACAACACCCCCUCUCUGCUGCUCAACGCACUGCAGCGAGACCAGCGCGAGAGCUUGGACCUGUCCUUGUUCGACCUGAUCAGUAACGAGAACAAGCUGAGUCGCUAUGAGACUGAAGAGGUCAUCCCCAAACUGAAGGUGACCCGGCAGCUCAUCGAGGAGAUCCACAGCGCCCCUGAGCCACCACCCAGACCCAAAGCCUGCAAGAUCAAGCCCAUGAAGUUAUUCCAGCCCGUGCAGUAUGGCACCAAGCCUGAGGGCCGCCUGAUAGCCCUGACCAGCACCACCCAGGCCCAGCGGACCACUGCCAGCACCACUGCCCCCGCCACCACCACUGCUGUGACCACCACUACGGCACAGCCCAGGGGCAAGUCACCACUCACUACAGCAACUUCCACACAGGCGGUUCAGACGGCCUCCUCCUCUGCCCCUCCAAAGGGGGCGGGAGGCGUCCCAAUCCCUGCCCCCCUCCCCACGGGCGCUGCCCCGCCCCGGGCAAUCGCGCCCCCACAGCAGGCCCUCCAGCCUGGCCUGGUCUCCCAGAGGCUGGUCCUCAGCACCCAGGCCCAGGCACGCCUGCCUAAAGGUGGAGAUGUGGUGAAGAUCGCCCAGCUGGCAUCUCUCGCCGGUGGCACUGGUGGCAGUCAGGGCCGCGUGGCCCAGCCUGAGACCCCCGUCACACUGCAGUUUCAGGGUAACAAGUUCACGCUCUCGCCCAGCCAGCUGCGGCAGCUCACCACUGGCCAGCCCCUGCAGCUGCAAGGUACUCUGGGUAACAUCCUGCAGAUCGUCUCGGCUCCAGGCCAGCCGUUGCUACGGCCACAGGGCUCCAUGGUGAUGCAGACGGUCCCCCAGCAGCCGGUCGCCGUGCCCAACGCCACCCCCAGCACCCCUGGGACCCCUCCGCCAACCUCUGCUACACCCGCGGCUGCUGCGGCUGCUGCCCCCUCAAACACCCCACAGCCAGACGCAGCAGCCAAUGGCAAGGCCCCUACUUCCUCCACACACGCCACGACAAAGGAGUCGAGCGAGGAGCGCACCAAGCUCUCCCGCGAGCGCCUCGCCCGUCUUCUGAACGUCAACGAGCGGCGCUGCUCCCGAUCCGUCCUGUACGGCCGCGACCUCCUGCACGCCUGCACGCUCUCGCACACGCAGACCACCACCACCACCGCCACACAGCCGCAGAGGAGGUGGGUGGGCAACGACAGCUGCCAGAGGGCCCGCCAGACCUGCGUCGCCACGGUGACGCCCCUGCGCUCGGCCCUGCUGUCCCGUGCGGCGAGAGAGGAGGCUGGAGAGGAGGUCAACAGAAGGUUUUCCUGUGUGGUUCCUGCUGCUGUAGCCCCACCUUCACAGAUGUACGCGUCCAAUCCAGCGCCUUCCUACAGCCUGGAGCAGAAGUCCCUUGCACGUCGUCUCCGUGAGGCUGCUGCACCCCACUCCUCUGAGAUCCGGAGGGCGGCCUGCGGGCCUCUGGUGUGUCUGCCCGACUGGCAGGCCCUGGAGGUGGACUCUGGUAAGCUGGAGGCUCUCGCCAUCCUGCUGCACAAGCUGCGGGCGGAGAACCGGCGCGUGCUCAUCUUCACACAGAUGCUGCGCAUGUUGGACAUCCUGGAGGCCUUUCUGGACCACCGCCAGCUCACCUACGCACGUGUGGACGAGAGCCUGAGCAGCGAGGAGCGACAGGAGCAGGUGAAGAGCUUCAACCGGAACCGGCAGGUGUUCUGCACCAUCCUGACCAACCGCUGCUGCUCGGCCGUGGGGCCCGUCCUGGACGCCGACACCGUGGUGUUCUACGACAACGACCUGAACCCCAGCAUGGACGUCCGCACCCAGGAGUGGUGCGACAAGAUCGGUCGCUCCAAAGACAUCCACAUCUACCGACUGGAGAGUGGGAACUCCAUAGAGGAGAAGCUGCUGAAGAACGGCACCAAGGACCUGAUCAGAGAAGUGGCAGCUCAGGGCACAGACUACACGCUGGCCUACCUUACACAGCGGACCAUCCAGGACCUGUUUGAGGUGGAGGCAGGCUCAGGGGAGAAGGUGGAGGAGUUCGUGGUGCUCCACCAGGAGCCGUCCCCGUCAGAGGCCAUCUCCCCCCGCGUGGCGCGCCCCUACAUCCAGGCCCUCAGCAGCAUCAGCCUGGAGCCCGUGCUUGCCGACGACGACGAGGAGGGGGAGGAUGAGGAUGAGAGGGAGCUAGAGGAGGAGAAGGAAAAGCAGCCGCACGAGGAGAAGAAGGAGGGUACAGAGGAGAUGGAGGCAGGGGUGAAAGAGGAAGCUGUGCAGCUGGAGGAGCUAACUGCAGUCAUGGAUCAGCUGACUCCCAUAGAGAGGUACGCCCUGCACUACCUGGAGUAUCUGCACUGCAGAGAGGAUGAGAAGAUGGCCAAGGAGCGUGUAGAGAGUGCCAAGCAUGGCUGGGAGCUCCAGCAGCAGCAGAAGCUGAAGGUGGAGCAGGAUGAGAGGCUGAUCAUGGAGGAGGAGGAGGACCUCUUCACCUACACCAGAGAGGACGCCUACAACAUGGAAUACGUGUUUGAAGAUGAAGACGGCCAGACUGAAAUCAUGCCACUCUGGACCCCACCGACACCCCCGCAGGAUGAUAACGACAUCUACAUUGACUCGGUCAUCUGCCUGAUGUACGACACUGCACCCAUGCCAGAGUCCAAGCUCCCACCCGUCUAUGUGCGCAAGGAACACAAGAGACUCAAGAUGGACCCAUCUGCGGUGGGCCGUAAGAAGAAGAAGGGCCACGGGGAGACGGUGAUCCCGCCGCGCUCGCUCUUUGACAAGGCCAGCCUGCUGAAGGUGCGGCGUGAGGGCAAGGAGCAGAAGAAGAACUUCUCGCUCAAGCAGCAGGCACCAUUCCCCAAGCCGCUGCCCGCCCUGGUCAAACCCGCCGCGGAGGCCGGACAGGACAACCCCGAGUGGCUCAUCAGCGAGGACUGGGCCCUGCUGCAGGCUGUGAAGCAGCUGCUGGAGCUGCCUCUGAACCUGACCAUCAUGUCUCCGGCUCACACCCCCAACUGGGACCUGGUGAGCGACGUGGUGAACUCCUGCAGCCGCAUCUACCGCUCGCCCAAGCAGUGCCGCAGCCGCUACGAGAACGUCAUCAUCCCCCGCGAGGAGGGCAAGUUGAUGUACGAGGCUAAUCCCAAGAAGAAGACCAAGAGCAUUUAUAAGUCCAAGAACAGCCGUCCUCUGCGCACGUGCCAGAUCUACACGCAGGAUGACAAUGCCACACACAUGCAGCUGUACAGCAGCCGCUUUGAGCUCAUGAAGAUCAUCGCCAGCAAGAGGAGCCCCCCAAUCAAACCACUACUGGGUAUGAAUCCAUUCCAGAAGAACCCCAAACAUGCCUCUGUCCUGGCAGAGAGUGGGAUCAGCUACGACAAGCCACUGCCCCCUAUCCAGGUGGCGUCACAGCGAGCCGAGAGAAUUGCCAAGGAGAAGAAGGCCCUGGCCGAGCAGCAGCGAGCACAGCAGCUAGCCCAGCAGCAGCAGCUGGCGGCUGGAGCCCCGCCGGCCCAGGCCGGGGUGGCCCAGACAGCCGGGCAGGCGCUGGCGGCGGGAGUCCCUCAGCAGGCAGCCGUGACCGGAGCUGCCACCGUGCCCAACACCGCCGUGCUGGCUGGAGCUAUUAAAACGGCUGGAGCCGGCACAAUUACUCAAACAGCCACAGUGGGAGGGAAUGUGAUCUUGAACACCGUGGCUGGAGUCCCCGCUGGCCAAUUCCAGGCCAAUAAGCGUUUGGCCUCUCCAGUCAUCCCAGGGCCUCUGUCUGCGGCGGGUACAGCUACAGCUCAGGUGGUGCACGCCCAGCAGAGAACCGUCCCCGCUGCGGCUGCUCCCGCAGAGGUCGCGGCCAUAGCAACCGGCCACGUGGUCCGGGCGGUCACCCCAGCAACCGCGUCCGCCGUCGUGACGACCAACCUUACCCCAGUCCAAACACAGACCCGCUCGCUGGUCACCCCAGCUGCUGGUAUGCAGUUGCCUCAGGGGAAGGCAAUCACUCAGGCUCAUUUGCAGAUGCUCAGGCAGCAGCAGCUCCAGCAGCAGCAGCAGCAGCAGCAAGGAGCCUCGCCUCAGAUCAAAGCUGUGGGCAAACCGCAACAGGCUGAGCUCCUGAAGCUGCAGAAGCAGAAGCUGCAGUUGGCUCAGCAGCAGCAGCAGCAGGCGGCCGCAGCCGUGGCCGCCGCACAGGGCGCCCAGACGGGCACCGCUCAGCAGGCCCAGCAGGUCCAGGCCGCCCCCGCCACCACCCAGGCCAACCCCCAGCUGGCAACCGUGACCACGCCCAGACCCGGGGCCGUGCUGACGGGCACCGUGGCCAACCUGCAGGUGGCGCGCCUGACGCGCGUGCCCGCCCAAGGCCAGCUCCCGACGCAGGCGGCCCAGACGGCUCAGGUGGCGCUCUCCAAGCCCGUGGUGUCGGUGCCCACUGUGGUGUCCUCCGCUGGCGUAACCACCCUGCCUGUCACCGUGGCUGGCAUUAGUGUCGCCAUCGGACAAGCCCAGAAAGCAGGUGGACAGGUGGUGACUCACCCGUUCCAGGUGCAGCAGGUUCAGCAGCUCCUGCAGCAGCGGCAGAAGCAGCAGCAGCAGGCAGCAGCCCAGGCCGCCGCAGCCGCCGCAGCCCAACAGAAGGCAGCGCAGCCCCAACAGACACCCGCCACAGCACAGCAGAAGAUGGCGACGGGGCAGGCAGCCCAGGCAACCCAGCAGCAGAAGGUGGCGUACGCAGCCACCACGCAGCUCCAGCAGCCAAUCAAGACGCAGUACUACACCACCAUCGCCCAGCCCCAGAAGAGCCCCGCCACGCAGCAAAUACAGGUUGCUAAGCUUCCCCAGAUAGUACAGCAGCAAUCCACAGUAGCCAAUAUCCAGCAGAUAGUGUCCUCUCCCCAGCAGAUCCAGGCUCAGCCUCAGACGGUGACUCUGCCUCAGGCGGCUGCAGGCUCGAUCGCGCAGGCGCAGGUGCAGGUGAUCCCCGCCGCCUCGGCCGGCGCGCAGGUGGUCCAGCAGAAGCUCCUGCAGCAGCAGGUCGUCACGGCAACGGCCGCCGCCUCACCACAGAUGCAGACCCCACCUCCACACAGCCCCGCCCAGCAAGGCGCCACGGCAACCCAGGCCGCUGCCGCAACCUCUGCGGCGGCAGAGGCCCCCGCCCAGACGGCCCCGGCCCAGGUCAAAGGUCAGGCACGCGGCGGGGCAGCUGUGCGCUCCAAGGCCCCCGCCAAGCCUAGUGGAGGCAGCUAGAGGAGCACCUUCCUCAUCGUCAUCACCUUGGAGCAGAUCUAUAAGCAGGAGCAUUAAAACAGGUGGACCAUGCAGACCGAGUGGCAUACAGACAGGUCUCUGGCCCACCUGUGAACUAACUCACACACACACACACACACACACACACACUAACACUCGCACACGCACAUGCGUAUAUAUAGAAAACAUACACACAUAUCCCACUCGGGAUACAUGUCUUAUGGACCACUCACCUGAUCGACAAGACAGACAGACCCAACUCACCCUUCCCAGUCUUGGUGUUGUCCGGGGUGAAAUGGUAUGUGGAGUAUAUCCACGAAAGAUAUUCAGCGCGCAGUACGACAGCUCUUACUGAGGAGUGGUGGGAGAGGUUGUAAGGGUCUCUGUGUGUGUGUGUGUGUGUGUGUGUGUGUGUGUGUGUGUGUGUGUGUGUGUGUGGUCAGAUUUGAGGGGCCAGGUGUGUGUCAGUCCCCUGGCCAGUAUGAUGCACAAAAACGUUUCAUCCCAACACACACACACCCCUUUUUCUUUAUCCUCACUGUCUUCUGAAGUAUCUGUGUAUGCACAUUUUUAGCAGUCAGGGCUUUUCCUGAGGGCAAGCAUCUGGCACUGUGUGGACGUUCACACUCCCAUCAGAUAAAGCGCUCCUCGUGGUCACGAUCAAGGACUGUCCGCGCACAUUCACAGAUCCUCUGGGAUAACCCCAACUUAAUGUGUGGCUCAGUUCACCAGUCAUGGACUGUUUUCAUAUUUGCAUGCAAAAAAACGAGAGAAAACGUUUCAAAAAAAAAAAAAAAGGAAAGGAAAGGAAAGGAAAUGACCUAGAAGCUCUGCCCUCUAGAAUGUCUCUCAAAGCUGGCAUAGUGACACCCAGCCCCCCUGCCACACAUCUGUGUUUUUGCUGAUAUUUUUUUAUACUCAGAUAAAAAAUAAUCACACCCCCCCCUCCCCCCUUUUUGUAAUAACGGCUCCACCACCGCAAACCUCUUGGUUGGUGUGGUGUGAUUUGAAGUAGCAAAAGAAGCGAUUUAAUAUAUUCCUUCAUGAUUAUCGUCCUGUGGUAAUGUAAUAUAGAAGAGUGUGAUUUAGUAGGUCUCUCAUGAGGCUAGGCUGUUGAUGCUAGCUUUGAGAGACUGGAGAAGAUGACCGUGGGGUGUUCACUUCAACAUACCUCAGAAUGUGUUGUUUUUUUGUUUUUUCCCCCCUUGUUCGUUUUUUCCCCCCUUGUUCGUUUUUUCCCCUUGUUCCUUCCACAGUACUGUGUGGGAGAGGGGACAUUAGGGGGAUGGCAGAAUGGGGUCUCGCCUGGCUGAUAAUCCAUUAGAGUGAUUGUACUAUAAUCAUACAUCGCUUCACCAGCUUGUACGUAAAAGAAAACUGGAUUAGAAAAUAUUGCUAUUUUUUUGUUUUUCAUAAUGUGACCGUUCAUCAACUAUGACCCUUUCUUUAAAUAUCCACCAUGAUAUGUUGUUUUUUUUAUAUAUGUAUCUGAUGUGACACUGUAAACUUGUACGUAAACAUUCUUCAGUGUAUGCUUUCCAUUCUGUGUCCUUUUUUUUAAAAGCAAUUGAUAUGUCUAUGAGUGUGUGUGUAUAAGUGUGUAGGUGUGGGCAGGGCAGACAACAUGUAAAUAAUGAUGGCAAACAAAAAAAUCAUUUGUACGUGUAAACUAGUUGUGUUUUCAUUGGAGUUUUUUCAGCCAAACUGUAUAAAGUGUUUUCGUUUUUAUACACA